UUUUCUUAAUAUUAGGAGUAUGGCUAUGGUGUCAUUUUUUCUUGGAACUGUGCCGGUAGGUGCUGCUUGGUUAUAUUCAGUGUAUUUGGAGUACAAGAAACAUUCAGCAUCAUCCAAAGUUAGGCAUUCUGAUAUCAAUUUGGUUGAGUUGGGAAAUGAAGCAGUCAAAGAAGACGAUAGAGCUGUUCUAUUGGAAGGAGGUGGCCUUCAAUCAACAUCGCCUAGAAUCGGAAGUUCAUCUGUGACGUCUCAGAUUACUAGGUUUUUCUUGAUGGAUGAAAUUUUCUUGCUUGAAAAUCGGUUAACUCUGAGAGCAAUAUCAGAGUUUGGUGCCCUUUUGACUUACUUCUAUCUAUCUGACCGUACAAAUCUAUUUGGUGAAUCAAAGAAGAGCUACAAUCGUGAUCUUUUCCUCUUCCUCGACUUCCUUCUCAUCAUAGUCUCAGCAAUCACUUCUUUUAAGAUCCACCAUGACAAGUCGCCUUUCUCCGGAAAAUCCAUUAUGUAUUUGAAUAGGCAUCAAACUGAAGAAUGGAUAGGAUGGAUGCAGGUAUUAUUUUUAAUGUAUCACUACUUUGCUGCCACAGAAAUUUACAAUGCUAUAUUAGUUUUUAUAGCUGCAUAUGUAUGGAUGACUCGAUUUGGAAACUUCUCUUACUACUACAUCCGCAAGGAUUUCAUCAUCGCAAGAUUCACUCAGAUGAUGUGGAGGCUUAAUUUCUUGGUAUUCUUUAGCUGUGUUGUCCUGAACAACAAUUACAUGUUGUACUAUAUAUGCCCCAUGCAUACUCUUUUCAUGCUGAUGGUUUAUGGGGCCCUUGGUAUAUUCAACAAAUACAAUGAAAAUGCAACAGUUAUUGCCAUUAAAUUCAUUGCCUGCUUCUUGGUUGUUAUUCUGAUGUGGGAAGUUCCAGGAGUCGUUGAAGUGGUUUGGAGCCCAUCUACUUUCUUCCUUGGAUAUUCUAACCCAGAUCCUUCUAAACCAAAGCAGUCUGUCUUGCAUGAAUGGGAAUUCUGUUCAGGUCUUGAUCGUUACAUAUGGAUAAUUGGGAUGAUAUAUGACUACCAUCCAACAGUAGAGAGAUGGAUGGAGAAACUCGAGGAAACUGAAGUGAAACGUAGGAUAUCAAUAAAAGCAGCUAUUGCCAUAAUGUCACUCACGAUGGGAUAUCUUUGGUAUAAGUACAUAUACAAGCUUCCGAAGAUAACGUAUAACAAAUAUCAUCCUUACACAUCUUGGAUACCAAUAACAGGUAAAUAAAGGCAGAUCUAGUGUGCCAGAUGGACAGCCUAAAAAGUUGCUAUGUUUGAUCCCCGACUAUCCAUUGCUGAACUUCUUGCUUACCACUGCCAUAUAUGUUGCAGUUUCUCACAGAUUAUUUGAAUUGACACACUUUGAAAUCCACAUUUAUUCCGAUGAAAGAUGAUAAACGUCUUGGCUACAACAUAGUUGCGGCUUUAGUUAUAUGAGGUCUUCUAUGUCUUGUCCUCUGUAUUUCUGAGGAUACCUCAGAUGCUGGUGUAAAAGUGUACGUACAUUACAUAUUCUUUGUAAGCUGGCUGCAGAGAAGAGAUUUACCCAAACUGGGUUAUAGUUCUUUAGUUUAGGAUUCUUUGUAUAUGCUCUGGCUCUUGAACUCAAAUUUUUGAUUAAGCGGUUUGUAUUUUCCACAUGUAAUGGUUCCCUUCUAACUGUGGGGCGAUGUCCCAGUUUACUUAUCUAUAUUGUUUUGCCUCAGUAAUUUAUUUACAGUAAUUUCACCUUAGAAAGGGAAGUGCCAUUUCAUCCAAA